GCAACUCCGACAUAUUACUACCCCUCGAAGAGUUGAGGCUGCCACCGCUUAAUUACCGAAUCAACCCAACUUAUUGCAACGCCCUAGUCCAAGGUUUGAAUGGAGUGCGUCUUGAUCUCAACGAGUACUCUCCACCACGUCUCCUACAAAGGUUAACCGGACGAAUUCCCAACUUGACAUCGAUACGGCUCGGCUUUGACUGCGUGCCACAGGCGUGGGGAAAUUGCAGCAGGGAUCAAGGCCCUGAGAUGGUUAAGAAGUUCUUUCUCUCAAUCCGCCGGCUUGAAGAGAUGGUGAUAUGGAACAACGACUCCGUGAUCUGGAAAGCCAUUGAGAAAGACGUUCUAGAGGUCCAUAAAGAAAGCUCCCGGCGCAUCAAAACUUCGGAUACGGGACUUAGGCACAGUUGGGGAAAGGAGCAUUUCGAUAUACUGUCGAAUUGCCGGUCUCGAUUAGAAAUCCUAGAUGUUAAGCUAGGAAUGGAAGAGAGUAUGAGCGCAGGGCGGGUGGGGUGGUUCUGGCCAGAAACAGCUCUCACAGUCGCAACUGAUUUACCGGUCCAGAUUCUUCAAGUCGGCAUAACAUUCAGCAAGGACAGCAUCCUUGGGCGAGGAAGUUCUGCCACGACUGUCAUAUCGCGACCCGACGAUCCUAGCCAGUAUCUUCCACCUGCCAACUUUGAGAGCACAUAUCGGAUCGACCGCGGUAAUGCAGUGUAUAUGCAAGCGCUGCGUAAAUUGGGAACCCAGACUGUUAACGAAUUCAUGAGGCGCUCGAAUGAUCACCCAAUCCGACGUGUAUGCAUUAUCGCCGAGUGUAUAGAUAUGAUACAGAUCAGUAAAUGGAUCAAGAUGGAGAAGACUCUAGUGGUUGGAGAAUAGAAGAGCACGGGGCCGGAAAAAAUGUACUUGUGGAGGAUAUACUCUAUAUCCCAGGGUAUUAGCCCACAUGUGGUACACUGCAAGGAGCGACUCGCCCGGAAACAAGGUGAAUUGGAAGGAUGGGCAGAGGAGAUGCUCAGAUUACAGGAACAACGUAAUAAUUAGCAAAAGGAUGGCAGUUCCUAACGCAUCAUACCA